AUUAUUGCUGUUGUUGUUGUUAUUAUUAUUGUCGUACUUGCUUGCUUUCUGAGCUUAACUGUUCGGCGGCGAGUUAAGUAAUUGUGGGCUUUUGACUUCAGUUGCUAUUACACAGCGAACGCGUCCGUAUGUCAUACGUUAGGUGGCGCUGUGUAUUUGUUUUCCUUUUGUGCCUUAAUUCUUUUUUUUUCGUUUUAUUAUAAAGCAAAUGUUAUGCGUGUAGAUCGAAAGUUCGAAUUAUGUGUAUGUUUUUAUAUGUAUGUCUAUGUGUGCUUAAAAUGCGUAUGUAACCUUUUAACUUAAAUUUCGCAUUCAAAGAAGAAAUUUUAGUUGGAAAACAAAGAAAGAAGAAAAUAAUAAAUAAAUAAACCAAAAAACAAAAAAAAAACAAAUAAACAAAAAAAAAAAAAAUAAGUGAAAGUUCUUUGAAUACACGAGUGGAAUGAAGUGCCUUGAAAGUUUAAUAAAUUAAAAACACAAUAAUAAUAAAUACGAGACCAUUAAAAAUAAAUGCAAAAGCAACGGUUCAAAGAUUUCCGUUGAAGUUAAAAUAAUUUGAAUCUUCGAAAAGACAAAGAAGAAAAAGAACUUGAAAACUUUGAUAUAAAUUAAAAAAAAAAAUUAUACUCACUUGUUACCUAACACACAUGGUGGCAUCUCGCGUCUUUUAUUAGCUACUAUAAUGUAAAAUGCCUAUUUGUGCUUACCCUCAAGUAAGAAUUUAUGAAGACUUUGACAAAAUGAAUGCUAAGGAAGUGUAUUUUAAUGAAGCCGGUAAAAAGGUGACGGUGAAGUUACUCCACUUUCCCGAGGUACCGCCUGAGGAGGUGGAUAAGUUGAAAUUCGAAGAAAUCGAGAAAGAGCAACAGAACAUAAUUAAUGGCAACAAUCCUAAUUUUUACACGUUGACCACUGAACGAGAAAUAAAAUGCGAUGAAGAAGACGAAGACGAUGAAGAUGAAGAUGAAGAUGAAGAGACUAUAAUUACUUCGGAACAAGAAGAAGAUGAGGAAAACGCAGCCGACGAAGAUGAGGCAGAAGAAGCCGCCAUCUGUAAGAAAACUCAACGUAAAAAGUCGGUGGGCAAUCCGUUCUUAAGUCGUAAAGUUAGUAUGGCUUUUGCUCAGGCCCAUGGCUUAGCAAUGAAUAAUCUUUCACCUGUUGGCGGCCGUAAUGAUAAUUACGGUAGCGACAGCGGUGGCGGCAAUAUUGACACCAGUAGCGCCGGCGUUCUACCUAAGACUCCACCGCCCACGCCCACCAUAAUGAUACCACCAAAAAGUUUUGGUGUAGAAGCUAUUGCCGAUAAAUUUUUAGCUUUGCGUAAAUCAGUUCUUUUAAAUCGUCGUUCACCUUCCCCGAAUGGUUUAAAUAGCUUGUGUCCCGGCUACGUACAAUACUCGAAGUCAUUAUUAGAGGUUCCGCUGCCCCGUGAUUACGGUUAUGCAUCUAGCGACGACUUAAGCUCAGAAUGGGAAUCGGAUGCGAAUGCUACCAGCUCUAGCAGCAAUCACCAAAUAAAGAAGCCCUCUGGUUGGCGGAAAAUACGAAACAUUGUACAGUGGACUCCGUUCUUUCAAACGUAUAAAAAGCAACGCUACCCUUGGGUACAAUUAGCUGGACAUCAAGGUAAUUUCAAGGCUGGGCCUGAGCAAGGUACCGUUUUAAAGAAACUAUGCCCGAAAGAAGAAGAUUGCUUUCAAGUGCUUAUGAAAGACGUUUUACGACCUUAUGUGCCCCAAUAUAAGGGACAGGUUACCAGCGAGGAUGGUGAAUUGUAUUUGCAGUUGCAGGACUUGUUAAGCGAUUUCUAUCAACCUUGUGUGAUGGAUUGUAAAAUUGGUGUACGCACUUAUUUAGAGGAAGAAUUAUCCAAGGCCAAGGAAAAACCUAAAUUGCGUAAAGAUAUGUAUGAGAAAAUGAUACAAAUUGACCCAAAUGCUCCCACUGAUGAAGAGCAUAGAGCUAAAGGAGUUACUAAGCCCCGUUAUAUGGUGUGGCGGGAGACCAUAUCAAGUACCGCUACUUUGGGUUUCCGCAUUGAAGGCAUUAAGAAAAGCGAUGGAACAAGUUCGAAAGAUUUUAAAACAACAAAAUCUCGUGAACAAAUUAAGAAAGCAUUUUACGAAUUCAUUGAAGGCUUUUCUCAUGCUUUGCCGCGUUAUUUGCAACGUUUGCGUGUCAUACGUGCUACUCUAGAGUGCUCGGAUUUUUUUCGCAGUCACGAAGUAAUCGGAAGUUCAUUGUUAUUCGUACACGAUCGUAAGCAUGCCAGUGCUUGGUUAAUUGAUUUUGCUAAAACCGUUCAAUUACCGGAGAAUCAUCAAAUUAAUCAUUUUACUACUUGGAAAGUUGGUAAUCGUGAGGAUGGCUAUCUUAUCGGUAUUAAUAAUCUUAUCGAUAUUUUUGAUGAAAUGGACGCGGAAAUAAUGGCAGCAUCUACAGUCUCCGAUUCGCCUGUAAGUACUGCAAAUACUUCUUCCGGCUCCUCAUCAGCUUCUAUGUCGCCUAAGAGACCGACUUGUGAAGCGAACGAAGAAAUGGGCGAUCAACAACCCGUUAAAUCGGGAACAUCUCAUGUCUUGAAUAUCGCGCCACCGGAACCUUCCGAAGGUAGAGCUAUAUCAUACAGCGACGGGGAUGCCGGUUGCGGUGACCAUAAAAGCUUGAAAGGAAGAAAAGAGCAAAAUUGAUUUCUUUUACAACAAAAACAUAUUCGGAAGCAGAUAAAAACAUUCAGAUAAAUGUAUUUUGUACGCAGUGUUUUUUGCAUGUUUUAAAAGCGAUUUAAGUGAAUAAGAAAAAUUAAUGCAAUUUUAUUAAAAUGUUUUUGUUUAA